AUGUCCUCCUCAUCUUCAACCCAGUUCAUUGCUUAUUUUGGAGCAACUGGCGGAUGCACAAACGCCUGCCUCGUCCACACCCUCACCGCCGGAUUCCACGCUACCGCCCUCGCUCGCACUCCCUCCAAGCUGACGGACAUGCUCCUUGCCCAAGGUCUUUCCCAGUCGAUCGUCGACACUCAACUGACCAUCAUCAAGGGCGACAUUGCCGACAUUAACGCCAUCAAGGCCGUCCUCACCAACAACUCUAUCACUACUACUGGCACCAGCACUGUCAAGAUUGCGUCGCAGAUCAUCUCGGGAAUCGGAGGUACUCCUCAGAUGCACAUGUCCCUCUCCAAGCCCUUGACGAUCGACAACCCGGAGAUCUGUGCGACAGCCACCAAGAACAUCAUCCAGUCCCUUCAAGAGAUCUACGCGGCUCACCCUUCUACGAGCCAGCAGAGGCCAUCGAUUACUGCCAUCUCAACCACAGGCGUCUCGGACGUGCGCGAGGAUGUCCCCUUUGGUUUCCGCACGUUUUACCAUGUGGUCUUGGCUGACCCUCACAAGGACAAGAAAGCCAUGGAGGACCUAGUCGUCGCGAAUGCAUCGCCCACCACAGGCGUGUUCCGAGGUGCAGUGAUCAUCCGACCCAGUCUGUUGAAGGGCGACCAGAAUGUCAAGCACGGCAAGGGGUGGCAAAAGGUCAAGGUCGGAGUGGAGGACAAGCCCGCGGUCGGGUACACGAUCCACCGUGCAGAUGUUGGGCAGUGGAUCUGUGAGCAGAUUGUCAAGACUGGAGGCGAGAGUCGCUUUGGACAGAAGAUCACUCUCACCUGCUAG